CCGGGGCGGGGCUGUACCGGGCGCUGGGCGGAAGAGCCUUUGAUGGGGACGGCCUGGAAAGUGCCUGGGCCUGCGCUGGACGCCGCUCGGGCCCCGGCUUCUGUUUCCGCCCGCUGCAUGGCGGUGGCUGCCUGACUGGAAGCCCGAGUGGGAUGCGGCUGACGCGGAAGCGGCUCUGCUCAUUUCUCAUCGCCCUGUACUGCCUAUUCUCCCUCUACGCUGCCUACCACGUCUUCUUCGGGCGCCGCCGCCAGGCGCCGGCGGGGUCCCCGCGGGGCCUCAGGAAGGGGGCGGUGGCCCCCGCGCGGGAGAGACGCGGCCGAGAACAGUUCACUUUGGAAAGUGAAGAAUGGAAUCCUUGGGAAGGAGAUGAAAAAAAUGAGCAACAAUACAGAUUUAAAACUAGCCUUCAAGUAUUAAAUAAAUCCACGAAAGGAAAAACAGACCUCAGUGUACAAAUCUGGGGCAAAGCUGCCAUUGGCUUGUAUCUCUGGGAGCACAUUUUUGAAGGCUUACUUGAUCCCAGCGAUGUGACUGCUCAAUGGAGAGAAGGAAAGUCAAUCGUAGGAAGAACACAAUACAGCUUCAUCACUGGUCCAGCUGUAAUACCAGGGUACUUCUCCGUUGAUGUGAAUAAUGUGGUACUCAUUUUAAAUGGAAGAGAAAAAGCAAAGAUCUUUUAUGCCACCCAGUGGUUACUUUAUGCACAAAAUUUAGUGCAAAUUCAAAAACUCCAGCAUCUUGCUGUUGUUUUGCUCGGAAAUGAACAUUGUAAUAAUGAGUGGAUAAACCCAUUCCUCAAAAGAAAUGGAGGCUUCGUGGAGCUGCUUUUCAUAAUAUAUGACAGCCCCUGGAUUAAUGACGCAGAUGUUUUUCAGUGGCCUUUAGGAGUAGCAACAUACAGGAAUUUUCCUGUGGUGGAGGCAAGUUGGUCAAUGCUGCAUGAUGAGAGGCCAUAUUUAUGUAAUUUCUUAGGAACGAUUUAUGAAAAUUCAUCCAGACAGGCACUAAUGAACAUUUUGAAAAAAGAUGGGAACGAUAAGCUUUGUUGGGUUUCAGCAAGAGAACACUGGCAGCCUCAGGAAACAAAUGAAAGUCUUAAGAAUUACCAAGAUGCCUUGCUUCAAAGUGAUCUCACAUUGUGCCCGGUCGGAGUAAACACAGAAUGCUAUCGAAUCUAUGAGGCUUGCUCCUAUGGCUCCAUUCCUGUGGUGGAAGACGUGAUGACAGCUGGCAGCUGUGGGAAUACAUCUGUGCACCACAGUGCUCCUCUGCAGUUACUCAAGUCCAUGGGGGCUCCCUUUAUCUUUAUCAAGAACUGGAAGGAACUCCCUGCUGUUUUAGAAAAAGAGAAAACUAUAAUUUUACAAGAAAAAAUUGAAAGAAGAAAAAUGUUACUUCAGUGGUAUCAGCACUUCAAGGCAGAGCUUAAAAUGAAAUUUACUAAUAUUUUAGAAAGUUCAUUUUUAAUGAAAAAUAAAAGUUAACUUAAUUUUUGAGCUAA